UAAUCCGGCUAACAGCUAACAGCUAACGGUUAGCUAGUGGCGCUAUGAUGGCGGAGCUGGUGCAGGGACAGGCCUCGAUGAACCAGCCGGGGCUGAAGUCAGACGGCCUUGCCGAUGUUUUACAGAGGGCCCGACAGAUCGUGGGAAAGAUGGGCGGAGAAGCCAUGUCCCACCUCAACAGCUCCUCAGGAAGUGUUGAGCCCUCCCUGUACUACCCUGGCCAGAAACGACCCGGAGAGGAUGGCGUUGGUAACCAGCUAGCAGCCAUGGGGCAUCAAAGCAGAGUAAUCACAGAGGAUUACAAGGUCCCUGACAGAAUGGUGGGGUUCAUUAUCGGUAGAGGAGGUGAACAAAUCACCAGGAUCCAGUUGGAAUCUGGCUGCAAGAUCCAGAUCGCUGCUGACAGCGGUGGUUUGAUGGAGCGACCAUGUUCCCUGACUGGAACUCCUGAGAGCAUUGAGCAGGCAAAGAGGCUUCUGGUCCAGAUAGUGGAUCGCUGUAGAAAUGGUCCUGGUUUUCAUGGCGACGGGGAAGGAGGGGCGUCUGUGCAGGAGAUGCUCAUCCCAGCCAGCAAGGUGGGGCUGGUGAUCGGCCGAGGAGGAGACACCAUCAAGCAGCUUCAGGAGCGAGCUGGGGUGAAGAUGAUGAUGAUCCAGGACGGUCCGAUGCCAACAGGAGCAGAUAAACCUCUCCGCAUCUCUGGUGAUCCAUACAAAGUGCAGGCGGCAAGAGAGUUGGUGUUGGAGGUGAUCCGGGAGAAGGAUGGAGACUUCAGGUCAGGGCGCAAUGACUUCAGCGCUCGACUUGGCGGAACCAGCCUGGACUCUGUCCCUCUGCAGGUUCCAGUUCCCCGGUUUGCUGUGGGAAUCGUGAUAGGCAGGAAUGGAGAAAUGAUAAAAAAGAUCCAAAAUGAUGCCGGGGUCCGAAUCCAGUUUAAAGCAGAUGAUGGCAUCAGCCCAGAGCGUGUUGCUAUGGUGAUGGGUCAGCCAGACCGCUGUCAGCAUGCUGUCCACCUCAUCAAUGAGCUCAUCCAGACUGCUCAGGAGCGUGAUGGUUUUGGCUCUGCCCUGCGUAGUGGGAGGGUCAGAGGGCGUGGUGACUGGACUAUGGGCUCUCCUGGUCCACUUCAGGAAGUGACCUACACCAUCCCUGCUGACAAGUGUGGCCUGGUCAUCGGCAAAGGUGGAGAAACCAUUAAGAGUAUUAACCAGCAGUCUGGGGCUCAUGUGGAGCUGCAGAGAAACCCUCCCCCCUCCACUGACCCCAACACCCGGGUCUUCACCAUCAGAGGCACCGCCCAACAGAUGGACCUGGCCCGCCAGCUCAUAGACGACAAGAUUGGGGGUUCAGGCAUCAUGAGUAACGGAGGAUUUGGCUUCAGUCCCUUCACCCAGGGCCCUGCUACACACCAGAACUGUGGCAGCGGGCAGACCUUCCUGACUGGUGUUUGGGGGAACACCUACCAGACCAGCUGGCAGAACCCUGGACAACAAGAUCCUGGUCAGCAGAACCAGCCUCAGAGCUUGAUGACGGACUACAGUAAGGCCUGGGAGGACUACUACAAGAAACAGAGUCAGUCGUCUCAGCAGAGUUCGGUGCCAGACUACACUGCAGCGUUAGCAGAAUACUACAGACAGCAGCCCUACCUGUGGAACCCUGCCCAGAUACAGGAUCACUAGAGACUCCUCCCUCACCGGUGAAGGCCUCGGAUGGUCAUCGAAGGCAACCGAAUCAGGGUUUCCUUGCAACGCUCUGCCGCUUCCUCCUUCUUUUUGUAGAGAAAACUAAGGAUUAACUGAAAAAUCACGAACUCUUUUCUUUCUGUUUUUUAACCUUACAAAGUCGAUAUUUUGUCAGGCAGAUUUUUUUGGACUAGCCUCUGGUCUCUCCACAGUGUAGACCUGUUUUUUCUUUUUUUUUUUUUAUCAAACUUGAACUUAAAGAUGUAUCAGUGUGGCUUUGAACAAAAAAUCCAGUAUAAUCUAUAUUUUGUCUAGUUUUAUUUUCCAAUAAGAAAACGGUAUAAGGCUUAGCAGUCUUGAGUAAGAAAAUCAGAUAUUAUUAUUAUUAUUAUUUUGUUUAUGAUAAUGUUUUAAAGCAUGCGUCAGAUUGUGUGUUGACUCUCAGUUAUUUUUUUUUAUUUUUGGCAUAGAAAUAUUUUAAUAGCAUCAGAUGGAAAUUUAAUGUUUUACCGUCAGAGACAAAACUGUUUUUGUACUAAAUUUGUGCUCGCUGGGUCUGUUUGUUAUCGAUCUAAUUUUACCUGUUAAGUCGCCAUCUUGGAGGUGCAAUGACGCGUUUAUUGUCUUCUUUUGGUUUGAUGAUAGUUCUUAUUCCUGUAUCUCUAUAGUGAUUCUUUAGUUUUUAUGAUGUACUGAUGAAUAAAUGCCGAUUUAUAUUGCGUUGUCUAAAGCCAGAUCUCUCUGUGGUCAAACACUUUGUGUCCUCCACAGGGUUAAACCUCCAGCCGACACCACGUUUCCCCACCUCAAAUGUCAUUACAAAGUGGGGAAAUUUACUAUUUUCUUACAGAGUGAAACUUUAUUAUUGUUGUUGUAUCUUAGUUCUGCAUUUCUACUUUGCCGAUUUUUUUCGUACGAGAAGUGUUAGGAACUGAACAAUGAAGUUAUCGAUUCUUUAAGGAUUGUGUUGGCUUCAACAAGCGUGUUAGCUAAAUGCGCAAGUUAGCUAAACGUGUGUAAGCAAAAAGACGUGUGAUACCUCAACUGUGUGUUAGCUGAAUGAACGUGGUCGAAUAGAUUCUGUUAGCUGUCUUUUAUUAGCUGAAUGUACAGGUUCAUUGAAAGUUGUGUUGUCUGGACAAGUUUGUGUUUGUGUUAGCAAAGCAGGUGUUAGCUUUGAAAUUUGGCUUUUACUGAACAUGCAAGUUACUUGUUUUUGUUAGUUAAAUGAAUUUGGUGGCUGAAGUGUUUGAUUGGUGUCUAGUGUGUGUGAGCACAAUAUGUGGGUCUGCUGAAUGUGUAGCUGUUUGCGCGAAGUUAACUUUUCAAUAUACCGCACUCAAAACAUAUAGGCAGUAAAUAACCGAAUGAAAAACGUUCGCAAAAGCCUCUAAGUUGUAGAUAGUGUGAAUUUUGUACAGCUUAGGUAUUACCCCCUUUUUAAAGAGAAAGCUUUGAUUAAAUAAAAAACAAAACAAUAAAAAACAUAGUUCACCCUGUUGACUUCUAGAUUUACUAACAAACUGCCAUUAAAAUGAGUAAAUGUUAGUCUGCUUUACAAAAUCAUCCCUAACUCUCCUCUAAUCGUUCAAGACUUAGCUGGCAGUAUGAACAGGUUAGCUUUAGUUUGUUUAUUGGCAAAACUAUGCAUAUAGCUGAAGUUGCUGAAUAUGUGUUCACUCUAAAACAGUUAGUUAUACUUUGGUUUAUAUUUACACGUUUACAACAGCUUCAUGUGAGUGUGGUGUGUGUGAGUUAACUGGGUGUUGUGUUUGUUAGCUGUUGUUUGUCUACAAAGGCUAGGUUAUGGUUCUCCAACAUGCGUGUUUUGUUGCUAUUUUAUACAUGUAUGAACAAGAUAUUAUUUUUUGCUUUACCUUUUCAAAUCACCUUCCCACAGGAGCUUAGAUCUGCUAAUUAGCUUGUUCAACACUUUACUAGAUUUUGAUGAUUUGUGAGUUAGCCUACAGAUAGCCACUAGCAUAAAUCAUGGAAAACCAUUGUUAGUCUUUGCAGAAGUGUAAUUCCAGCUGAGCUAAAUGUUUGUUAGCACUGUGUGUUAUGUGGUGUGUAUUUCUGUGUUAGCUAAACAGUGUGCGUGUCGGACCACAGAGAGGUUUGUCUUGUUGAGGGAGAUCUGGCUGUUGCGUUGAAUAUUGAAUCAGUGGUUUUGCUUCAUGUAUGUGUGACGAUGAUGAUGACUAUAAUAAUUAAUGACGAUGAUAAUAAUGAGUUCUCCUGUACAGGGGUCUAUUUAAAUCUGUUCAUCAAGUUAUGAAUAUUCAGUUUGUUGAUAAUAUAAUAUGGUUUGUGUAAAUUUCCACACUCUGGCGGGUGCUCUCCAGUUAAAAAUGUACUUUGUUAUCCUUGAAAUUGUUAAAUUCACAUGUUGUCUAACCGAUUUACAAAGAGAAGUAUGUGUUAUAUAUAGUCUCAAGACUGCUAGGCUAACUGUCUCUAUCUCUUCUCCUUGUCUUUCUGUCUCUGUCUGGAUGGCGUCACGUUAAGAAAGUUCAUUGGACUUGUAAAUUUCCAACGCGUCUGUAAUCGGACCAUGUGAUUACAGCUUUGUGUUGUCGUCACAGGCGUGUUGAACGGUCCUGCAGCUGGUUAGCGUGGCGGCUCCAAGGCGAGGAGAGCUGUAGUUGGGGGUUACCUUCCCUAAUAAUUUUUAAGAAACACUGGAGUGGACAGGCUCAGUGCUCACUAGAACCUGCAAUGGGUUUAAACCAGUAACCAGUUGCUGGUUAGCCGGGUCACACCAAGCCUCCCAAUGUCCCAGAAUCAGGACUGGACACAACAUCACCUGUCCACUACAGUGUAGAUCUUCCUAGUCCCGACCCCUCGUCCUGAAGGGGUGACGGGGAGCUUUUUGGUUUCAUGGUUUCUGUUGUUUUUCUAAUGGACAGACGUCCUAACUGUAACCUGCAGAUUUUUCUAUUAGAUUGUAUUGACAGAUAGUUGUGUACGAACCCGAGCCACGAGACUGUCGAUGGCCGAGGAAGAGGCAGAUGGAUGAUUAUGAUGUUUAACAUGAGGGCUAAUAAACAGGCUCAUUCUUUCUGA